AUGGAUAGUCUUUUUACAAUUAAUAUAAAUCCAGAUGAAAAUGUAAGUAUAAAAAAAGGAAAAGAUAAUAUUAAGAAAUAUAGCAAAGAAGGAAAUGAUGAAGAAAAGAGUGAAGAGGAUGAUAAGCUAAUAAACUUUAAUAUAAAUGAAAUAAGUGAGGAUAAUACUUUUGAAAUGUUAGGAGAUUUAAAUGAGAAUCAAAUAAAACAGUUUAUAAAUGUUAGGAAAAAUAUAAGAAAAUAUAUUUUAAAAUCAUUUAAAAAAGAUCAAAUUAUAAAUGGGCGUCUAGAAAACUCAGAAAUAGAAUUUUUGUGUGAUGAAAAUAAAAAGAACAAUGAUCAAAUCAAAUUGAUUUUAAGAAAAGAUAUAAUUAAUAAUGUAAUAAAUAAUUUUACUAAGGAUAAACAGAAAAGGAACAAGGCUAAUGACAUGAACAAUAGAUAUUUUUAUUUAAAUUCUGAUGAAAAAGGAUAUAAUAACAAUGAUGAUGAUGAUAAUUAUAAUGAAGAAGAAGUGGAUGAGAAGAAUUUUAUGGAUUUAUUUAUGGACACCGAUAUGUUUGAAAAAAAAAUGAAUGAAGAAAAUGAAAGAAUUAAGGAAGCAGAUAUUAAUGAUGAUAAAAAAUUAGGUGAUAAAAAUGAAGAUGAUGAUUCACGUUGUGGUGAUAAAAAUGAAGAUGAUGAUUCACAUUGUGGUGAUAAAAAUGAAGAUGAUGAUUCACAUUGUGGUGAUAAAAAUGAAGAUGAUGAUUCACAUUGUGGUGAUAAAAAUGAAGAUGAUGAUUCACAUUGUGGUGAUAAAAAUGAAGAUGAUGAUUCACAUUAUGGUGAUAAAAAUGAAGAUGAUGAUUUACAUUGUGGUGAUAAAAAUGAAGAUGAUGAUUUACAUUGUGGUGAUAAAAAUGAAGAUGAUGAUUUACAUUGUGGUGAUAAAAAUGAAGAUGAUGAUUUACAUUGUGGUGAUAAAAAUGAAGAUGAUGAUUUACAUUGUGGUGAUAAAAAUGAAGAUGAUGAUUUACAUUGUGAUGAUAAAAAUGAAAAUGAUGAUUUACAUUGUGAUGAUAAAAAUGAAGAUGGUGAUUUACAUUGUGGUGAUAAUAAUGAAGAUGAUGAUUUACAUUGUGAUGAUAAAAAAAAUGAAUACCAUGAUGAAGAACUAGCUAUUGUAAUUUCCAAAAAUAGUGAUGAGGAUAAAAUCUCGGUUAAGAAUGAUAAUAGAUUAAUUGAAGAAAAGUGUAUUGUGCCAAAAACGUUUAAUAAGGUACUAUCUAAUUUCGAGGAAAUUAUAAAAAAUUGGAAGUUAAAUUUCCCAGAUAUCAAUACAGAAAAUCUCUUUUUUCAUUUAUAUUUUUUAUCAGAAUUAUAUAAGGAGAAAAGAUAUAUAUGCCAAAAUUGUGGUUCAGUAGAAUGUGAAAAAGAUCCUUUUAUGAAGACUAAAUGUUUAAAUAAUUUCUGUUUCUUAUGUCAUAAACAUAUAUCAGAGAAUAUGUGUCAUAAUACAAGGUCACAAUAUGCAUCAUUUAAAUCACAUAUGAGUUCAUUUAAUGAUUAUAGAAAUAUAAUGUAUCCAUAUAAUUAUAUUUCCUGUUUAAGUUGUUUCACGAGAAAACAUAUGAAGUGUGGGUACCCUCCAUAUAUAUUUGCCAAAAAUACUUAUUGUUAUAGAAAGGACUAUAGUUUUAAAUCAAAUAGACCAUAUGUUUUAUAUAUGAAUAAUCCAUUAUAUAUAUGGGAUAUUUCGAAUGAUAAGAAAAAUAGAAUUGUUGAUAGUACGAAGAAUGAUAAUGAUAUAAGUGUUAUAAAUAUAAAAGGGCAUAAAUAUAAUACCUUGUAUAACCAUGAUAAAAUUUCUGAUAUAUAUAGCAUUGAUGAUUAUGAUAGUGAUUACUAUGAUCACGAUUUAUCCUUUAAAAAUGAAAAUGAAAAAAAUAAUAUGUAUGAAAAUGAAAAAAAUAAUAUGUAUGAAAAUGAAAAAAAUAAUAUGUAUGAAAAUGAGACAUUUGAUAAUGAUAUUCAGAGAAAUAAAAAAAAAAGAAAGUUUUCUUCUUAUAAUUUAGGAAACCAUAAUUCUGAUAAAAUGUUAAAUAAAAAAUCUAGAGAUGAAUAUAACCAUGAUGACAUUAGAAAAAACUUUCAUUAUGAUAAUAAACAUACAAAUUAUAGGAAAGAGGAAGGUAGAAAUUAUAGUCAUAAAAAUAAAUAUAAUAUUUCAUAUAAUAACAAAUAUGAUAAUAAUAUUAAUAAUAAAUAUAACAAACAUGAUGAAAAUAAACAGUACACAAAUGAUUACUUACAUAGUGACGAUCGUAAUUAUGUUCGCAAUUCUGUAUACGAAAAAAAAAAAAAUAGUAUAUAUAUGAAUAAUCACAAUGCAAGAAAUAAUAAUAACGAUCAUUAUAAUUUAUAUAAUAAUAAUAAUAAUAAAAAUAAUAAAUAUAAUAAUCAACAGGGAAACACAUCAGGAUUAUACAAAUACAAAAAAUCAUCAAAGAAUAUAUCACAUAAUCACGUACCACAGAAUUCCUUUAAUAAUUUAAGCACUACUUCUAACAAAAAUAAUAAUAAACAUAAUUCUUCACACAACUAUGAGAAAAAAUAUUAUUGGAAUCCAAGAGAAAAUGGACAAUAUAAAAAUAAUAACAAUAAGAAAAAGCCCGAAAAUAAUCAUAGGAAAGCUAGUGGUUUGUAUAAAAAUGUAUACUAA